AUGUUCUUCCGAGGGAGUCCGUUUCGUGGUAAUAGUAACUUUUGAGGUUAAAUUUACGGUUGCGCCGACUAAAUUCUUUGACUUUUAGAACACUUCGUAUUAACCAUGGACUCCGGCUAUUCCCAUUCACACAGCUUUUCAACGGACAUACAUACGAUCGAGAACUGUAUGCUUUUAUUCUAUAGUUUGUUUUAUUUUGUUUAUAGGGAACUUCGUGAACUGAAGGAGCUGUUGAAAUGAAUUUUGUAAGACCUUAAAAUUUUUGGCUAAAGUUACGUUAUUUUUUGUCCAAAAGUUUGAUUUGAACAUGACAUUUAGUAAAAUCACGGCUAUUAGAUCAAACGUUGAAACUUUCCGAUUAUUUUUUACCUUAAUUUACCUCUCUGUAACCUCAUUUUCUUUAUUUUAGUGCCAAUGCCCCGAAAUGGAUCCUUUUACACGAUGGCCGAGCUAAUGACCUUUCAGCGCAAUCAAAUCGCUAAUCAGAAUGCGCAGUUCCAGUUCCUUCAGCAGCAAUUCCACCAACGUUUCCAGCAGAAUACGCCGACGUUCUAUCCCACUUUUUAUCGUCCUCAAUAA